ACCCACUGGGAGGGAGGAGGAGGAGGCGGGAGCCGGACGAGGGGCUGCAGCUGCUGCGGCGACCCCGGCCUCCGCUGGCCUCCGGAGGAGCUGAGGACCGGGAUUGCUCCCUGCGCCCAUGUGAAGGGGAAUUGCCUGGCCUGCCCGGCAGGAGCCAGCGAGACCUCUCCUCCCCCCAACCACCACCACACGCCUGUGGCCUGGGCAGCGUCCAGCGCGGAGCAGGGUGGGCGUCCCAACCCGGAGCCGUUUAAUACUUCCAAACUGAUUCCCACCCCGGCGUCCCGCCACCUCUGAGAGGUUGGUGCCACGGCGGCCGAACCCCGGGCACCCGGGCCGAGAGCCGGGCCGCCUACGGGAGUCAGGCCCCUUCCUCAUCAUCAUCAAUCGUAUUUAUUGAGCGCUUACUGUGUGCAGAGCACUGUACUAAGCGCUUGGGAAGUACAAGUUGGCAACAUAUAGAGACCCUUCCUCCUCGCCGGCCUGCCCCGGGCCCAGGCUCUCUGUGGCCUCCGGACCGACGCCUCGAGGCUGACCCGACGAUCAUGGCUCCGUGACACCUGGGACUCCCUGGCCGCCCCCACCCCUGUUCUCCACCCACCAGUCCACUGACUUCCGACUCCGCGGCCGGGAUGGGGCGGGAGCAGGAUCUGAUCCUGGCUGUGAAGAACGGGGAUGUAGCCGGCGUGCAGAAACUGGUGGCCAAGAUCAAGGCGGCCAAAAGCAAACUGCUCGGCUCCUCCAAGAGGCUCAACGUGAACUACCAGGAUGCCGACGGGUUCUCGGCCCUGCACCACGCGGCCCUGGGGGGCAGCCUGGACUUGCUGGCGCUGCUGCUAGAAGCACAGGCCACUGUUGACAUCAAGGACAGCAACGGGAUGCGGCCCCUGCACUACGCGGCCUGGCAGGGCCGGCUGGAGCCGGUGCGGCUGCUGCUGCGGGCGGCCGCGGCCGUGAACGCCGCCUCGCUGGACGGGCAGAUCCCCCUGCACCUGGCCGCCCAGUACGGGCACUACGAGGUGUCCGAGAUGCUGCUGCAACACCAGUCCAAUCCCUGCCUGCUGAACAAGGCCAAGAAGACCCCUCUGGACCUGGCCUGUGAGUUUGGGAGGCUCCAGGUGGCCCAGCUGCUCCUGAACAGCCACCUGUGCGUGGCCCUGUUGGAGGGAGAGGCCAAGGACGCCAACGACCCCAGCUACACAACCCCCCUGCACCUGGCCGCCAAGAACGGCCAUAAGGAGGUCAUCAGGCAGCUGCUGAGAGCCGGGAUUGAGGUCAACCGCCAGUCCAAGACGGGCACGGCCCUGCACGAGGCGGCGCUGUACGGGAAGACCGAGGUGGUGCGACUGCUGCUGCAGAGCGGAGUGGACGUGGCCAUCCGGAACACGUACAACCAGACGGCCCUGGACAUCGUGAACCAGUUCACCACGUCUCAGGCCAGCCGUGAGAUUAAACAGAUGCUGCGGGAAGCCUCAGGGAUCCUGCAGGUGCGAGCGCUGAAGGAUUUCUGGAACCUCCACGACCCCACGGCCCUAAAUGUCCGGGCCGGGGCCGUCAUCACGGUGCUGGAGCAGCACCCUGACGGGCGCUGGAAAGGGCACAUACACGAGGGCCAGCGGGGCACGGACCGGGUGGGCUACUUCCCACCGGGAAUCGUCGAGGUGGUCAGCAAGCGGGCGGCGGGGGCUUCCCCUCUGCCCCGCCCACCAGCCGGACCCUCCCCCCUGGCCCCGGGCCUCCCUCGGACCCUGCAGCUCCCGGCCGACGACCCCCAGCGCCCGCGGGUGGGCGUCGGUCCUGACAGCCCAGCCGGUGACAGGAACAGCGUGGGCAGCGAGGGCAGCUUGGGCAGCGUCCGGAGCGCGGGCAGCGGCCAGAGCUCAGAGGGCACCAAUGGGCACAUCCCGGGUCUCCUAAUUGAGAACGCCCAGCCGCUGUCCCCCGCCGGAGAGGAUCCGCAACCCUCAGGGCUUCACUCCUCACCCCUGCCAGUGAGCUCGAGCCCCGCCCCCUCGGCCGUCGGCCGCCUCGGGGAGCCCGUCUUCAUCCGGGACGUGAGGCCCGAGCAGCUGCUGGAGGGGAAGGACGCUCAGGCCAUCUACAACUGGCUGAGGGAGUUCCAGCUGGAGAGCUACACGGCCCACUUCCUGCAGGCCGGCUACGACGUGCCGACCAUCAGCCGGAUGACGCCCGAGGACCUGACGGCCAUCGGAGUGACCAAGCCCGGGCACCGGAAGAAGAUCGCCAUGGAGAUCGCCCAGCUCCACAUUGCCGAGUGGCUCCCCGGCUACAUUCCGGCCGACCUCCUGGAGUGGCUGGGUGCCCUGGGCCUGCCGCAGUACCACAAGCAGCUGGUGAACAGCGGCUACGACUCGAUGGGGCUGGUGGCCAACCUCACCUGGGAGGAGCUGCAGGAGAUCGGGGUCAACAAGCUCGGCCACCAGAAGAAGCUGAUGCUGGGCGUCCGGCGGUUGGUGGAGCUGAACCGGAGCCUGCUGCAGGCCGAGGGGCCCGCGGGGGGCGGCCGGCGCCCAGCGGGGCGACCGGAGCUGAUGGCCAUCGAGGCCCUGGAGAACGGGGACGGCCCGGCCGGACCGCGGCUCGUCACCUUCCGGGCCAGCGAGCUGAGCCCCGAGCUGCAGGCGGCCUUGGUAGGGGGCCCGGCCCCCCUGCUGCUGCCGCCGCCGCCCCCGACCCGCUCGCCCAGCCUCGAGAGCAUCGGUGCCCGCUCCCGGGGCUCCGGACGCUCCCAGGAGGCGCUGCCGGUCCGGCCCAGCGGCGGGCCCGGGAGGCAGCCCAGCCCCCCGCGGGAGCGAAACCUGCCCGAGGGCACCGAGCGCCCCCCCGGCUCGCCCCCCACCCCCUCCCCGGCCUCCUCCUACGGGCCCGGCCCUGCGCCCCCCGACCCCCCGCGCCCCAAGCGACGCUCCCACAGCCUGAGCCGGCCGGGCCCCGCCGAGGGGGAGGCCGAGGCGCCGGUGGCCAGCGCCCUGGGCAGCUACGCCACCCUGACCCGGCGGCCGGGCCGCAGCGCCCUGCCUCGGCCCGCCCCCGUCCGGGGGACCCCCCGCAGCCAGUCCUUCGCCCUGCGGACCCGGCGCAAGGGACCGCCCCCGCCGCCCCCCAAGCGCCUCAGCUCCGUCCCCGGCCCUGAGGGGUCCCUCCCCUCCCCCGAGCCCCCAGCCCCCGGGGCGGGAGCCGGGGGGCCCCGGAGACGCACGCUGAGUGAGCCCGCCGGCCCGUCCGGGCCCCCGGCCCCCCCCGCCCCCCUGGGCCCUUCCUCCGACACGGAGGGGGAGGAGGAGCCGGGGCGAGGGGUGGAGGGCACGGCCCCCUCCCGGGGCAGCUCCGGAGAGGGCCUGCCCUUCGCCGAGGAGGGGAACCUGACCAUCAAGCAGCGGCCCAAGCCGGCCGCUCCCCCGGCCCCCGUUCUCGACUUCAACCUGACCGAGUCGGACACGGUCAAGCGACGGCCCCGGUGGCGGGAGCGGGAGCCUCUGCAGACGGCGCUGCUGGCGUUCGGGGCUGCCGGCGCGCCCCCGGAGCCCCACGGGCCCCCGGCCUCUCCCCCGCAGAGUCCCGCCCACGGCCCACCUGGCUCGGAGGAGCGGGGAGCGGGUCGGUGGGCCACGGAGACGGGCGGCCCCGGGACCACCCUCAAGGUGCCGGCGGCAGGCGCAGCCCCCCAGCCCGUGUCGGUGGCCUGCACCCAGCUGGUGUUCUCGGGCCCCCGCCCCACCCCGGCCCCCAAGCCCCAGGGCCUCUCGAAGCCCGCUAACGCCCAGGCCCGGCCCAGGCCCGAACCGGGGCCGAGGCCGGAGCGGAGGCCGGGAUCGGGACCGGAGCCAAGCCUGGAGCAGAGGCUGGAGCUGACCAGUUCGGCCCUGGUGGCCACCCUGAAGGCGGCUGAGCAGAGCGUCGGCACCGCCCGGGGAGACGGCUCCGGCCCGCCCGCCGCCUCCGCCACGCACAUCCUGGCCGACAUCAGCACCAUGUUCGACGCGCUGGCCGAUCAGCUGGAUGCCAUGCUGGACUGAGCCCUGGUACCCACCUGACCACCAGCAUCAUCGUCCCGACAGCAGAGGGGUCCGACCCCGCCCCGCCCCCAGCACGGCCUGGCCCUGAGAGAGCGGCUGGAGGAGCUGGGCCCUGGCCCUGGUAGAACCGGGCCGGGCUCCCAUGCUAGCGGGGGGCAUGCUCUUUCCCCAGCUCUCCCCAUCCCCCGGGCACUGCCAACAGCUGCCCCGGAGCUGCUGUGGGGAGGAGACCGAGGGGCUUGGUAUCCCUUUACCCUCCCCCCCAACCCUUCCACCUCCGAGUCCAGUUCCUUUCAACUGUAAAUGUUAUUUUUUAAGC